UUUCUUAGCUUUCCUUGCCAAUUAUAUACUUAAGUGAGUAUAUUUUUUUGUUUUGGAUCAUAGUUGGACUUAAGAGAGUGAGAUUCGAAACGACGGUACUUUUUCCAUCUAAAACAAAAUGAUUCAUUAAAACCCAACACAUAAAAUCCCAGAAAAAUUGAGAGCAAAACUUAUAAUUUGAGAUGCGCAGUGGUUUUUUAUCGCUGAUUUUGAUUCAUCAUCAUCAACAAUGUCUGACGAUUCGCUUUCCUCUUUCAAGCCUCUUAUUACAGGAGAUUUUGGUUCCAAAGAAGUCCUCAUUACUGUUGCGGAUGAUUGUUGUUUUGGUGCUUACUAUGGUCUGUGGAAUCUCCUUUUCUAUGGUCUUUCUCAAGCAAUUUAGCAUCGGCAAGGUUACGAUGCUUACAUUGUUCCCAAAUGUUCAAGUGAGUGAUAAACCAUGCCUGAGGCCUGAUCUUGAAGAUUGGGAAGUUCCUUAUGUGCAUUACCCUAAACCUGUUACUUAUAGCAGGGAGGAAUGUGCAUGUCAUCCUGUCCGUUACUUUGCCAUAUUUUCAACGCAAAGAUCUGGUAGUGGAUGGUUUGAAACCUUGCUGAAUAGUCAUAUGAACGUAAGUUCAAAUGGGGAGAUAUUUUCUGUCAAAGUCCGGAGAGCUAACAUUUCGAGUAUUGCGGAGACCCUUGACAAGCUUUACAACUUGGAUUGGAUGAGCAGUGCUGCCAAGAAUGAAUGUACCUCUGCUGUUGGCUUGAAAUGGAUGCUAAAUCAAGGUUUAUUGCAGUAUCAUGAAGAUGUAGUCAAAUAUUUCACCCAAAAAGGCGUUUCCAUAAUUUUUCUCUUUAGAAGAAAUCUUUUGCGACGGAUGGUAUCAAUACUUGCUAACUCAUAUGACCAUGAUAAGAAGCUAUUGAAUGGGGCUCAUAAGUCUCAUGUUCACUCACCCCAUGAGGCUGAGAUACUCGCAAGCUACAAACCUCACGUAAAUGUCACUACUCUUAUACGAGAGAUCAAACUCGUCCAAAACAUGGUAGCCAAAGCUUCAGAGUACUUUAAUAGCACCCGUCAUAUGACGCUUUAUUACGAAGAUGUUGUCAACAACCACACUUUAUUAGAUGUUCAAGAUUUUCUUAGGAUUCCAAGAAUGAAGCUAACAAGUCGACAAGUUAAGAUACACAAGGGACCGUUGUCGCAACAGGUAGCAAACUGGGACGAUGUUCGAAAGACUCUUAAUGGAACCGAGUUUGAGAGUUAUCUCCAUGAUGAUUAUAGAUUGUAGGAUCUCGGCUUUUGUGGAUGUAAAUAGCUUCUUUUAAUUUAAUUUCACCCUCUCAUAAUUCUUUUGCAUAUCCAGUAGUGAAUGCAAAAAUUUUGGUAGUAGAAAAUUUGUUCUUAGAUUUUGUAGCUGUUGUACUUUCUGAUGAAUGAUUCCAUUCCAUUUGAUUGAACACAAAUACGUGCACUAUCAUUCAGCUGGCCCGGAGCCCUCAUUUUGGUAUGUUGGUUGAAUCACAAACGGUUUAGAGAAAGCAAAUAGUUCCACCGUUGUGGAAUAUAUUUAAACUUAUUUUAUAUAUUGCGGCUAAUGUGUAAGAAAAAAACAUAGGCAAGUGGUCUUGUUUGAAUUGCCUAAUCUCAUAUUUUCAUAGUAUUAACUUUUAUAAUUUUUAGAUGUGCAUAGUUAAUUAUAUGAUUAAAAUAAUAAAUUAAAUUGCGUAAAGUCAAAUGUAGCAAGUAAUAUAAUGGAGGAAGUAUAUAAUAGUUAUCAGAAACAGAAAAUGGAUCAAAAUAGCAGAAAAUGGACUAGUGAGCACGUCUUGUACAAGGCUGUCUCAUAGUAAGACAUUUUCAUACAAGGAGUUUCAAUGAUGAGUGUUAGGCUGUUUCAUAAUAAGACAUUUUCAUACAAGGAGUUUCAAUGAUGAGUGUUCAAAUAUUCA